CUUUAUUCCUUGUUUACUCGGUGGGUCUUGGGCUUCUCUUUUUUCUUUCUUUUCUCGAUCGAGGUAAGGUGCAAAAUCUCGCGCCCGGAAGUCGUCGCGAACGGAAACUCGGGGUGGCGACAGUGGCGCCUGGCGGUGGUGGCGGCGAUGACGACGAAGACGGGGAGUGGGGAAUACGGGCACGGGGCAAGUAACAACGGGCGCCAUUUUGUUCGCUCGUUGCGUCGCAAUCGCAAGAUUCGUAAGCGUAGGCCACAAACAGGCGAGGUUAGCGAGGUACAGCGGUACGCGAUACUGACAGCGGGGACAGCGGUAUAGCGUGCAGCGGAGAGAUAGUCGUUCCGCCGGGGGAAAAAAGCCGUUUUCUAGCAAAGCCUUGGGACGCACUUGGUCCUUGCUCCUCUCUUCUUCUCCUCCUCCUCCUCCUCCACCUCCUCCAUCCUCUUUCCUCUUUCACCCCCUUUUCCGCGUGUCUUUCUUUUCUCUUGUUCCUCGUCGAGCUGCGGUGCAAGCAGCAAGCAGCGUUGAUGAUUGGGAUUCCGCGGGACGAUCGACACAAAAUCACGGUCAAGAUCCGCAACAACAUGAAGAGGAGCUCGAGUCGCGACACCCCGCCUCCUCGUGUCAAGCGGAGCCGAUCUUCCAUGGGACGGUACGAUGACUCGAGCGACGAGCGUAUCAGUCCGGAAAGGAUUCGGCGGCGAAGCCGAGGUGCCAGGAGUCCGAGUCCGCCGACGAGGGCAUCGUCUCACGCUCGCUACGUCGAGUCCAGCUCCCAUCGCGACGAGUAUCUACGGGCGUCGCGCGACGUGCCGCGAGAGAGACCCUACAGCUACAAGGUGCUCUGCGUCAGCUCCAUCCAUCCAAAGGCCAGCGACGAGGUGAUUAAGGACACUCUCUACAGGGAGUACAAAAAGUUCGGCGAGUUCUCCAUUCAGAUCUCGCACGAGCCGGACGAGCGGGUCGCUUACGUGUGCUUCCGAAGUUCCGAGGACGCCCGGGACGCUAAACACGCGAAACCGCGCAUCAUCAUGUACGACAAAAUGGCCCUGGUUGAGCCGGUGUACGACCGACCCGAGACUUACCGUCGUCCGCGGUCGAUUACGCCGCCGGAGUACGAGAGGUACUACCCACGGUCGCCGGGACCUACGGACCGACACAGACCGCUCGAGAGAUACGAGCGGGUGUACGGGCCGCCAGUCGGCCUGCCUCCUCAUCGCGAGAUGCGCCGCGAGACCAUCCCGCCGCCGCAUCACGAGUUCGUCCGACCGCCCAUACAUCCCCACGGGCCGCCCCACGUUCACCCAGGCCCGCCCCAUCACUACGGGCCGCCGCGACACAUGAUGAUGCGCCAUCCGGUCCAUGGAUUCGAGCGAGUGGAAAACAAGAAAGACAAGUUUCCCAAUUAUCUGCACCACGUGUCGCCGGAGGACGACCCUCUAGCGACCAGAACUCUAUUCGCCGGUAAUCUCGAGAUCAAUAUCACGGAGGAGGAGCUGCGCCGUAUUUUCAGCAAGUACGGCAUCGUCGACGACAUCGACAUAAAGCGCCCACCGCCCGGCACCGGCAACGCGUACGCUUUCGUGCGCUUCCAAACCCUAGACAUGGCUCAUCGAUGCAAGGUGGAGCUGUCGGGCCAAUAUAUCGGCAAGUUUCAGUGUAAGAUCGGCUACGGGAAAGCAACCCCGACCACCCGGAUAUGGGUGGGCGGCCUUGGCCCGUGGACCUCCGUACCCCAGCUCGAACGGGAGUUUGAUCGGUUUGGCGCGAUAAAGAAGAUCGAUUACAUCAAGGGCGACAGUAACGCUUAUAUACUCUACGAUUCGAUCGACGCCGCGCAAGCAGCGGUCAAGGAGAUGCGCGGUUUCCCUCUGGGCGGGCCGGAUCGCCGGCUGCGAGUGGAUUUUGCCGACGUGAGUCCCAACUUUGGCUUCAAACCUAGAUCGUAUCCCGAGGACAGCAGCGACUUCAGCAGACCACGCCCGGUCGACUACGAAUCGCCGUAUGAUCCCUAUGGGCCUGACGGCGAGUUUGGAUACGGGGCGAGAAGCUUCCGCGGUGGCAGAGGUAAUGCGCCGUGGCACGACAGGAGAGGAAGCGCCCGAGGUGGUUACAGAGGCUCCUAUCCCGACGGCUACGUCCGCGACGAAGCCGACUGGCCCAGUAGAAGACCACCGCCCGAAUUGGAGUACGAGACUCCACGUGGUCUGAGAAGAUCGCUCUCGCGCGAACCUGGAGUCGACAGAUCGAGAUCACGCUCGCCGCGCCGACGGCAGAUGGCAGACUCGGACUCCGAUUCGGAGAACGCCCGCACCGGAAUGCUGUCGACGUCCCGCACGCUUCCAGACGUCGCGCGCAAAUCGAUCGCGGUUUGGCAAGGCGCCUUGAUCCUAAAGAACUCGCUGUUCCCAGCCAAAUUCCACCUGACCGAUGGCGAGACGGAGAUAAUCGAUUCUCUGAUGAAGGACGAGGAGGGUAAGCAUAUGUUGCGCAUUACGCAGCGGCUGCGUCUCGACCAGCCCAAGCUGGACGACGUAUCUAAACGGAUCCAAACGUCGAGCUCGCACGCCAUCUUCCUCGGCUUAGCUGGCUCGAGUACCGCGAUCACCAGUGACGACGCUAAUGUGCAAACGCGGCCGCUGCGAAACCUCGUCUCCUAUCUGAAGCAGAAAGAGGCUGCCGGUGUCAUAUCGUUGGUGAACAAGGACACGGAAGGCACUGGCGUGCUCUACGCCUUCCCACCCUGUGCAUUCUCGACGGAACUUUUGAAACGCACGUGUCCUAGUUUAAGCGAAGAGAGUCUUAAAGAGGACCACUUGGUGAUCGUAGUGGUCAAGGGAGGUAGCGCCUAAGAAAACCUUAGUAUCGUAUCUUGUGUCCGUAUUUUCAUAUCGUAAGUGCGAAGAUUCUUCAACGUGCAACUCCCUUUAGGGUCUUUUCCAUUCUGAUCAUUUGGCAAGGAAAUAUUUUUCUCAAAAUGGAUUAAACGAGAAGCACGACAUAAACUGCGAGAUGAGGAAAAAUUUUUAAUUUUUUUCGUUGAAAAUGUUUAGCGCCGCAAAUAUGUAAAUUUUGGAAAUUGUGCUGCACGCGGUCCAGAAUCUAGAGAUUUGUGGCGGUAAGUAUUUUAUGUGGAAGAGAGAAACUGAAAAUUUUUCCUCCUUUCAUUUUUUUUUUUUACGUCAAAUUAUAUAAAUGAAUAAUUAUAUUGUUAAUGUUUAAGUAUUGUACAUUUCGCUUAGUCCAUUUUCGAGAAUACUACAAUACUUUCUCGCCAAAUGAUCAUGGUGGGAAAGUCUCUCAAACUGCUGAACAAUGUACAGAACUUGUGAGAAGAAGAACUUGUGUUUUUUGAUCGAUGUAAGUAUUUCGUUUUCUACUGGCUUCCAGAUAUGAAUUAAUCUCAUGAUUAUAGACAGAAUCGUAAUGGUGCUUUGAUACUUUUUCUUUUCUUUUUUCUUUCUUUUUUUUUUAUACGAAUGUACAUUGCAUCGACAUGAGAAUGUCGAGUGCAUUAACGUUAUAUCCUACAAUCAGACAUGCGAUAAGAACUGGUAAUGCCUGAUGGCAGAUUUGAGUUUACCGAUCUAAAUAGAUUUACACGAGAGAUUGUGUGAAUCUCUACAUGCACACGUAAAUUCGAACGUAGGUCGAAAUUAGGCAAUGCGAGGUUUUAUUGCGCAUUAUUAUGAAUAUUUGAUCCUUGUAUUGUACAGUUGUUAAACUUAAUGAUAGACGAGGGUGAUUGUGAAAUAUUACUGAGAGAUAUCGCGCUCUCUGUAUCUCUUGAUACGGUAAUCUUGAUUUGUGAUAUAUUUUUCCAGAAUUAUGACUACUUCUCCAUAAAUGCACAUCAUCGACGUUACUGCUAAUUCUGAGAGAUUAGAGUACUUAUUUUCUAUCAAAAAACACAACUUUGAUACCGUUCCCUAGUUAGAGAUUUUCAUCAGGUAGCCGCGAUUACCAAACGGUAAAGUUUCCAUCAGCAAGAUCGUUAAUGACCAUACUGAAUAUUAUUGCAGAUAUUGUGUAGUUCUCAUUAUCGCAAGUGAUGCUAUAUAAUUACUUUAAGGUGUAGUAUAAGAAUUUAUUUGUAUUAUAUACAUAUACAUACAUUAUCGACUAUACGUACAUAUUAGUAAUAUUGUGCACAGUUCUUUCACAUUUGCAGACAUGCAUAUAAUUAUAUAUUAAUCUAAUUGAUUUUAUUUCUUGGCCAAAUGCAAAAUGAAUGUCUUCUUGAGACAUAUAUGUGUGUGUGUGUUGUGUGUGUGUGCGUGUGUAUGUGCACGUAAAAAUAGUUAAACACGCGGUGAAUAUUCCGCUUUAAAAUUACGAAAAGAAUUUCUUUAUAUAAUUCUAGAUUUCAAAAAUAUCAAAUCUUGGACAUUUAUAUGUUUUAAUUGCUAUAUAUAUAUAUAUAUAUACAUACUUAUUUCAAAGCUAUAUAUACUUAUAAAUUAUACUUUGCUAAAGAGGAUCGUUUAAAAGUAGAGUCCUUUGAAGUCAAUGCCAGACACAUCGCGUAUCUGACCGUGCUGUAAUGAUAUGAGAACACACAUAUAAGUCGCGAAAACAAUUUUCAUAAAACCGUAAUGGCAAAAAAAAUGUGAAAGGCCUGGGUUAGAGUAUAUUUGAUAUGGAAAAUUUAUAUAAUUAACCGUUUUACGACUUAUUUCUGUAGAUUUCUUUUGUGUGGCAUAACAUUUAAGUGAUUGUGCAGUAAGUAAAAUCCGUGAAUGUAGUUACAAGUUUAUAAAGUUUGGACUGUGCCCAAGAGUGAAGACAGUGAGGGAAAAAAAAAGCAAAUCCAGGAAGAGACAGAAAUCUGUUUAUCGCAAAAUAAAGUUUGUCGUAUCUGUGUUUUCGUAAUGCCAACAGCAGUUUGCCUCUUUUUCAGUGAGGACUGGUUGGUUUCUCCUAAAGGACAGUGUUUGGUGGCGUUAACAAAAAAUGAGCUCUGAGCAUGUGUCUAGUGAAAUGUAAAGAAAAGGAAAAGUGAUUGUGCUCCGCAUUCCGGUAUGGAGGAGAACACCCGAACGCGGUGUGCCUGAAGGGGAUAUUUUUAUAUUCCUUUCAGACAUCGCGGGAGGGUGAAAGGGGGAGGAGGUGUCUCUCUGCCAUACUCGAAUGCGAUUGAAGGUGCAGUGGUUAAGUAUAUUUAGUGUUUGAACGGAAAACAAAAUAGAUGCAGUUUAUGUAGAGAGAAAAAAA